AAGAUGCUAAUUAUCAAUGAGGAGAAAGUGACACCUGAGGAGUUCAUCUUCCAUCUUGGUCCUCGCCGUCUCCUUUGAACUCCCUCUCCGGCCUCUUUCCCACUUCAUCACUCGUCCCCCAGCAUCAUAAAAGCCAGCUCUGCCCAAGCGGAGCAGAACCUUCUUUCUCACUUGCCAGGGAAUACUUCUCUCUGCAGCUGCCUCGCAGGCAUGGACAACCUGCGUGAGACCUUCCUGGGCCUGGAGGAUGGCUUGGGCCCCUCCGGCAGCCCCGGCCUGCUGUCCGCCUGGGAUUGGAAAAGCAGGGCAGGGCCCUUCGAGCUGAGCCAGGCCUCGCCCAUUCAGAGCCUCUCCCCAGCCCCCUCGCUGGAGUCUUACACCUCUUCUCCCUGUCCGGCUGCGGCUGGGCUGCCCUGUGGGCAUGGGGGUGCCAGCAACGAGAGCAGCGAUGGCUGCAGCGGCCGUGACCCUGGUGGCCUGGUAGAGGUGGACUACAACAUGUUAGCUUUCCAGCCUGCCUACCUGCAGGGCGCAGGGGGCCCCAAGGCCCAGAAGGGCACCAAAGUCAGGAUGUCUGUGCAGCGGAGACGGAAGGCCAGUGAGAGGGAGAAGCUCCGGAUGAGGACCUUGGCCGACGCCCUGCACACCCUCCGGAACUACCUGCCACCCGUCUACAGCCAGAGGGGCCAGCCACUCACCAAGAUCCAGACGCUGAAGUACACCAUCAAGUACAUCGGGGAGCUCACGGACCUGCUCAACAGCGGGAGGGAGCCUCGGCCCCAGAGCGCCUGA